AUGCUCGACGACUGGGGCUGGGGAGAUGUUGAGCUGGCGGCGCAGUUCAUCAAGAAGGACACCAUUUCUCUUCUCGGGGAUUAUCUAUUUCUUGAUCGCUCCAAGUGGUACUAUCCCACCGCCUCCAGACCGGACUCCGAAUGCUUGAAGAAUCUCUCGAACUUUGGUCGACAGGCAUUAGAAUUGCGAGACACGUACUAUUCCAUCUUAACGCCCUACAAAAUGGUCAAUAGAAAACUGUACCAGUACAUCCCUCGAGUGCUAAACGCAAACCCGGCUUCUAUCCCAGACACAGUACUUGCCACCUUCGUCAGCAAUGCUCUCCGGUCCUGUCUAUCUGCAAGCAAGCAUACAGAAACUCUCAGCGUCAAGUUUUUCGACGCACGAGGUCUUCCUCAUUGGACUGUUUUAGUCGAUGAUAAUGUCGUCAGAGUACCCAACAAGUGGCUCGAUCUUGAAAACUUGGGGCUCAUUCAUGACAUUCUGGGAGGUGAUGAGUUACUGGCAAAUUUGAUGAUGUCAGUUACGAGCAUCCUGCUUCAUCUCGUUCUCAAGCAGGUCGCUAUUGACAAAGAAUCCUUUGACCGAUACAAAACCACCGCGAUGGAGAGGCUUACGCACUAUGCCCGGGAGGUGGUGAACUCUAAGAUGCUGAAUUUGAACUUUGAGCCUGGUUCAGAAGCCAACUUGGCAAAUGUCUCUUGGGAGACUACGUUUUCUUCCUGGAAUAUCUCGAACUAUCAUGUCCAGCUGCAUCAGACAGAAACAUGUCGAGAUCGCCAGGACGCUGUUCUGGUUCGAGACAUCCUCCCCAUAAGCCUCACCUGCAUCAACGACACAUGCCACAUCGAGAGGGUUUUCAUCACACAGGAUUUCCGACGACACUGCAUCAAGGAUUGCAUCUUGGGGAAAGAGUAUUUUGGCAUCGUCUACAACCCCGAUGAACCUCUAUCCAUCCCCCUCGUCACAAGUACUUUCAAGGUACCAGCGGACGUGAACACCGUCGAUGACUAUGAUGUUGAGAUGGCACUGGAGGACCUCGAAGAUCUCCAAAGCCGACUAUCUUCUUGA